AUGGCUCCUAGAAAGGAACUAGAUCCUCAGAUUCGCUUACGUAUAUGUGAGCUGCAUAGUAUUGGAUGGGGUCCGACUAAAAUCUAUCGGCAGCACCCUGAAAUACCUCUUUCUACUAUUAAAACUACUAUACGUCGAGAGUCAAUUCGGGUUAAUAAUACUACGCGCGCGCGUUCUGGCCGCCCUCGAAAGCUUACAGAACAACAACGUGAUCAUAUAUAUGAUUUAGUUCAAUCAGAACCUCAUAUACGACAUAUUGAUUUACUUACAGAGGUAGAUCAUGUGGUCAAACGCCGCUCUAUUCAGUAUUUACUGAGCGAAAUGGGUUGCCGCAAAUGGAAGCAGUUAAAUCGGCCUGAAAUUAAGCCUAUCCACGCAGCCAAACGCCUUGCCUGGGCUAGGCGCUACGAACACUAUACUGCAGAGGAUUGGGCGCGCGUUAAAUGGAGCGAUGAGUACAUGGUUGAACGAGGUAUUGGGGUACGUCCAACCUGGACCUUUCUACGUCCCCGAGAUCAGCUUAAAAAUCACGAUAUACAUGCUAAGCCCUGUGGAAAAGGUAUAAAGCAGAUGUUCUGGGCUGCCUUUGGAGAAGAUAUACGCACAGGCCUUGUCCCACUAGAUAGUGACCCUGAAUCGGCUCAGGGAGGUGUUACUGCAGCUAUUAUUCUUGCUUUAUAUCGUGCCUUUCUACCAGAUCUAUUACAAGAAGGUGAUAUUUUUAUGCAUGAUGGAGCUAGUAUACACCGUACGUAUAUCGUACGUGAAGGCCUUGAGGAAAUGGGUAUAGAGGUGAUGGAAUGGCCACCUUAUUCGCCUGAUCUGAAUCCUAUUGAAAAUCUAUGGGCGUUGAUGAAAGAAGAAAUCUAUAAGCUCUAUCCAGAGCUUCUAACCGCUCCCAACACUGCUUCUAUACGUGAGCUUUUAACUAAGGCAGCUCAGGAAGCCUGGCAUUCUAUAGAAAAUCGUGUUUUAGUACGCCUUUCUACUACUAUGCCUCACCGUGUUCAGGCAGUUAUUGAGGCAGAUGGCUGGUAUACUAAAUACUAG